UAUGCUGAUAUUGCAAGGUGAGAGGUGCUGAAACCCUCAGUUGUUUGCCAAAAAUGGUGAGAGAUGCCGAAACCCAAAUUCUCUCACCAACGCCUUAUAAAGUAUCCGCCCAUCCACCCUUUUUCCAUAAGUCACCCCUCCCUCUCUCUCUCUCUCUGCAUCUGAGUCUAUUAUCAGUCAUGGAAGGUAGUACAAGGAGACUCACUUUUAUUGAGGAAGACGAUGGUCCUGCUUCUCUGGCGGAUAUGGAAGCUGGGUUCUCAGGGAAUCAUCAUCUUCAGCUUCUAAUGAGAUCGUCUGGCUUCAGUGCUUCGAUGAGAAGAAGGGGUAGCUACAAGGCUCUCUCUUCUCCGAGAUUCUAUGAAAGUAGUAGAUUCGAAGAGCAUCAUCAGCAGCCUCAUUUCCUUGAAGCUUGUUACCUCUGCAACAAGCCUCUCCGUGAUAAUAGAGACAUCUUCAUGUACAGAGGGGACACUCCAUUCUGUAGCGAGGAGUGCAGGCAAGAGCAGAUAGAGAUAGAUGAAGCUAAGGAGACGAACUGGAAUCUCUCUGCUGGUUCAAUUAAGGGCCUGAGGAGGAAGGAACAGAAGAAGAAGAAAACUUGUUCUACUUCUCCUACUCUACGGACGGGCACGGUCACUGCUGCUUGAAAUUACUGAAACGAAAUCUAAAUAGGAUUGCUUUGGCAAAUUGGGAAAGGUGAUUCGGUCCUGAUCUUCCCAAAUUUCAGAAUUCAAGGCUCAAAACUAGUUGAUCGAGUGUCAUGUUUUGGAUCGCUCGGAAUGACCUAGUCUUCAUUAAUCGAAGAGCUUGGACCCCCCCAUUGAUGAGUUUUUUCUCGCUUAAUCAGCUUGGCACGAGUUCAUGACAAUCAAUAAUAAAGAUUUUUAUCAUGGCCAUUAUCUUCAUCGGCAGUCUCAUGAUCAUAAUUGGAACCCUCUCCCUUUGGGUUAUAAGAAGUUGAGCUGCGAUGAAGGAACCCCUCUUCGUGCCAUGUUUGAUAUCCCAACUGUGUAUAUAUUCCUGACCUCAGGCUACUCCCAUUGCCAUCUCAGGUAUCUUGAAGGAUAUUUGGUUUCUCGCAGCUCAUUUUCCAAGCUCUUCCUUUCUUUUGUAUUUCUUGAGAAACCAAGAAGGCCUUGUCUAUGGCAACGUUGGCGUCUAAGAAAGAUUGGUCUUGUAGUCAGAGAAUGAUUUAUUCU